GCUGUCAUUUAGUUGCAUCACUUCUUAUAGAGUUGGCGGAGAGAGAGAGAGAGAGAGAGAUGGAGGUCUAUGUUCCUGUUUUGGCACAAUUCCUUGUUCAGUUAUGUAUAGCAGUGAUGUACCUAAUGACGAAGGGUGCAUUUGCAGGUGGUAUGAGCCCCUUCGUUUUUAUAACCUACAGAACCAUCAUAGCCACUGUAUUCUUGGCCCCGUUUGCUUUCAUUGCAGAAAGGGAGACCCGGCCUCCACUAACUAUUAAAAUUGCAUCUCAGAUUUUUAUACUUGGCUUCCUUGGGAUCGGGAUAACCCAGAAUUGCUAUUUCAGUUCACUUUAUCUCACAUCUUCCACUUUUGUUUCUACACUCUCGAAUCUCAUACCAGCCACUACUUUCCUCAUGGCUCUCCUCCUAAGAUUGGAGAAAUUUGAUAUAAUUAGUAUGAGAGGAAAGGCAAAGUUUCUUGGAAUAGUUAUAUGUGUUGGAGGUGCCAUGAUUAUGACACUGGUGAGAGGUCCUACCAUUAGAUUGCUCAGAAACCUUGAAUUGGAUGAGUCUCCUGUCUAUCUUUUGGGAGAAGUAUCCUCAAAUCCAUCAACUAAUUGGACUUUGGGAUCAAUUAUUAUUUUCUUGAGCAUUUUGGCAUGGUCGGCAUGGCUAAAUUACCAGGCAUGGGCAUUCAAGAAUUAUCCGGCUCCUUUAUCCUUGACUGCACUCAUGUGCUUCAUGGGAAUAUUUCCUUCAGCUUUGAUUGCUGUUCUUGUUGAGGAUUCCACAGCUUGGAGGCUGAAGUGGGAUAUACGUCUAUUCAUCUAUAUUUACAGUGGUGUGUUUUGUACAGCAUUCCAAUUCUACGUUCAAAGUUGGUGCAUCAAAAUCAAAGGCCCUCUUUUCCCUGCCGCUUUCUAUCCUAUUUGCACCCUUAUAGUAUCCAUUAUGGAGCCUGCUGUUUUCCAUGUUUCUGUUCACGUCGGAAGGUGGGUUUCUUUUGUUUGCAUGAGGAGAGAGAGAGAGGUGUGUGUAAAUUCAAGAGAGAGAAAAAAGAGUAGAUAUGCAUCUGAAAGAGAGAGUGUUGAUUAUUUCGGAGUCUCCCACCACAAUGAGGUUUUUACCAUGGUUGGUAAGAUGUUACUUCAGUGAUCAACGGUCCCACCACGGGUGAGAUCUCAUUUUGAUGGGUAGAAUCUCACCAUGGUGAGAUUUAACCUCUCAUGGACAAGUAGUCAAGAGUCACGCGAUUGUAGCUUUAUUGUGGUGGACAUAAACAAAUAUUUCACUGGGUCUU